GAUGCUUGGAUUUUAUAGAUUCAAUCGACACUUUUCGCACUUUUCUCAAAUUAUGCCUCCAUUUUCAUUAAUAAUUGAGUAACAUUACCUUAAGGACUUACAAAACAAUAAACCAAAAAUCCACUCUUUAAAACAUUUAUCUAAGAUGAGUGAAGAACAUGCUAAAUUUUAGCCAUAAACUUCUAAACAAAGAUAAAUGAUUAAAUUUGAAUUUGUAGAAAAGAAACAAGAAAAAGAAUCUCCUUAGUUUUCAUUUUCAAAUUGA